GUUGUCUGAGCCCUUUCAUGACCAUCGACCGGUCGUUAGUGGUUCCAUUCUUCUAUCGUCCAGAGUGCUGCAGCCGGCGUUCUCAAGCUUGAAAGGUGAUUCACAAGUGUCAACGCAGGAGUUACAGCAGACAGUUUUUCUCAUUUGAGCCUUUCUGAGUGAACCUGCGUGAGAGUUUUCGUCCAGAUGAACUCGUAAGUGACUGAAUGCUAAUGCCUUCUGAGCUGUUGCAGAGAUGACCCUCAUCUACAUCAUCCUUUAAGAUUGUUGUUGCAAUGGUACUCGAAACGGAAGACAGUCGAUCUGGAGAUCCAUGGGAAACUUUACCUAUCGAAUUUCUGAUCAAAGUUCUCAGAGAUCAUGGUCUGUCAGUUUCCACACUUGCAGCCUGUCGUUCAGUCUGUAAAAAGUGGAUGGCAAUCGUUGAUGGUCCUGAUUUACAGAACAAAAUCUGGAAUAAAGAAGUUAUUGUCUAUUGUGAUCCUCUUACUGACGGCACGGCCUUCUUUUGCUGCAGUGAUCAAUGGAUCACCAGGAAUAUCACUUUUGAAUCCAAUAGGCUAAUCGCUGCUGAUGGAGGCCUCCUGUGUUUUAAUAAACGUUUGUCAACAGAGUAUGUUCUGUAUAACCCAGUUCCGGAUAAAUUCCUGAUUUUGAACGUACCUCAUGAAAUUGAUGCAAUACCUGCGGUCAUUGAUGGCAUGGUCAAAUGUAUGGUGGUGGGCUUAGUCGUGGACCGAUCUGCAAAGCACUUCAAGCUGCUAUUGGGAGGAGUUCUACUCCUAGAUGAUCGCAGAUCUUUGAUUUACGACUCGACGACUGGCACAUGGUCCUGGCUUGCUCAUCCGUUUCCUGUUAACGUGGAACUGGGGUGGCAAGGAGGGAAAUGUGUAUCAUGUGGUGGAUGUUUGUAUUGGCUCAAAUGGGAUUCUACAUAUCUGACGAAGGCUCUCUUGAUAUUUGAUCUGCGAGAGGAGAAGUGGACUGCCAUUUUAGAGAAAGUCGAGGAGGACAGGCCAGGCUCCAUUCAGAUUGCUGCGUAUGAAGAACAUGUGUGCUUACUCGCCAUGGUUUGGCCUCCUUCCUUCGACGGGAUGUUCGAUAGCAGGAGCUAUGAAGAUGCAUUUCUCCGGCAUCCAAUGGUCCGGGCAAUGGAUGGAGCUCUGAUCGAAAGAACUCGAGAGCUCUGGGAAGGGGAAGAAGGCAAAGCUUUCCACCUUUAUGCCGGAGGAGGCAGUGAUGCCUUCUUCGUCUUCGAUCAAGAUUAUAAUGAACUCGUAGUGGCGAAAUACUCGGCUCGAUUCUGCUCGCUGUUUUUUCUUCCCGACCCUCCUUUUCGCGAAAUCCAUGACUUUGGUUUCUGGAGACUUCUGCCGCAAACCCUCCAGGAACCAUGGUGUGCAAUAAUUCCAACUCCCGGAGUAAGUGCAGAGCAUGAGUGGAUAACACAGCCGCAUAGAGAGCCGCAGGAGGAGGUGCUGGAAGCUCCGAGAGGAGAGGCUGCGCCGAAAGCUAAAGCAGGAGGAGAGGAGGUGCAGGAAGGCUCAGGAAACGAAGAGGCAUUGGAAUUCCCGGGAGAAGAAGGGCAGCUUUAGGAGCUCCAAGAAAGAUCAGUUUCUUAACCAGAACUAUAACAAUGUCUAAAACUAUCGAUAGCCAGGAUUGUUCGAUAACUCCAUAAAUAAUCGUGUGGAUGGUAUUGCCAUGUGAAAGUUGUUUUUUCUGCUUAUUUUGCACUCCA